ACCCUGACACAUCUUGGCUGAGGUGCAGAACAGCAACAGACGCAGACGUGGCAAGACAGUUCUCCUCAGUUAACAAAAGUGAUAGGGAGGCGAUGGCGACGAUCCUUGUGGCUGUGCUGGCUGCCACUGUGGCCUCGACGCUCGGCCAGAAUACUAACCAUGACAUCUCACCUCCUGAAGUUACAUUCGACUGCUCCGCCAGCAAACCACAAACCAUCAUCAGGACUAAUCAAACAGGCGGCUUUUCUGAACACAAGACGUGGCCCUGGAUGGCGUUGCUUGGCUACAGAAACAAUCAAAGUAUAUAUUGGUUUUGUGGUGGAAUGUUGAUCAAUGAACAGUGGGUACUCUCAGACGCAGGCUGCAUCUAUACUGUUUCCCACGCUAUGGAGCACCUUGUAGUGCGUCUUGGUGAAUAUGAUCACGCCGAUGACUUAGACGGAGCAGUUCACCAAGACUUCGCUGCGGCAAAUAUCUCCAUUCAUCCUUAUUAUCUGAAUAUAUAUGCACGACACAGUCUGGUGCUCAUCAAGUUGAAUUCCACAGUCUCCUUUCAGAAGUUCAUCAACCCCGUGUGCCUCCCCUGGGGAGUGGACAGCAAUAUGAACCUAACGGGCCAAAAGGGACUGGUGGUAGCUCACUGGAACACAUCAGACUCUUUUAGUACAGCGCAAAGAGAAAGAGAAGUGGUGGUGGUUCAUGAUCCAGAGUGUCAUCCAGACUACGUUAGAAAUUUCGGCCAUACAUUCUGCGUCAGCAUUCUUGAAGGGGAAAUAAGAUCUUGCACGAAAGAUCGUGGUGCACCUCUAGUGACUGUGGAGGCUGGUGAUCGAUAUGUGGCAGCAGGUAUCUUGGGAUUCGGCUUUUACUGUGAAGAAGAGCAAUUCAACGCGCCAUACAACAAUAUACGGUACCCUCUGCACCUGGCCUGGAUUAAGGAUGUCGCGUUCACCACACACUGAACAGAAAGACAAUAAAACAAAAACGAGGGAUUCAACAAUUAUAUGAAUGACAACCCAAUAUAAAAUUCAAUUACUCACCUAAGAACCAUAAAAACUCAAUAUUGCAAUACUUUAGACAGAUAUCGAUUGAUUCCCCCCACCCCCCCGUUUUUCCAACACAAAUAGGAGAAUACACCGAUCAUCAGGCACUGUACUGUCUUACUCGACAAAGUGAACUGAUGCGUGGACUGACAUCCCUUCUUUUCGUCAUGCUAAACGCAAUUCUCCUUUAUAUCAGUAAUGCCUAUUUCUCGCCUACAGAAAAUAAAGAAUAACAAAGGCCUUAAUGAACAGUUUUAAAUACAAUAUAACAAUAUGAACGUCAAGAAUUGAUAUGGAAUAGAUGGUGACCACAUAGAUAUGAUAUCGUGUA